CAGAAAUGUGGGACCCCAAUGCAUCGAUUUAAGAAAAAUAAAAAAUGGAGCAAUACAUGAAGGAGAAGAUUCUAGAAACAUUCAACCUAUUUGCUCAAGAUAAGAAGGGGUAUGUUGAUAAAAAGUAAUUGAUCACUUAAUAUAAACAAGGGAAAUUCCUUAUAUCAUGAGAUUCUUAGGUAAAUUCCCAAGCGAAGCCCAAGUGAGCAAAACCAUUCUUCCAUAGAUUGAAGAGGACGAACCCAGUGAGUCAAUCAAAUAUUAGAAAUUUGAACCCUUCAUGAUUCAAGGUACUAUCGAUCAUCCCUUAAUUCUAGUAUUGAAGAGCAAUGAAUAUGAUCCAGAUGAUACUGAUACUCUACUAGCAGCAUUUAGAUAAUUGGACGAAGAAAAGAAGGGAUAUAUUGAAAUUGAUACAUUAAAAUAAAAACUUACUACGAUGGGGUAAUUACUACAUUUAUUAAGUGCUAUAGAAUUUAAUUUAGACCUCUUGAGAUUGAAGACUUUAUCAGAUUUGCAACAAAUGGAGAUCCCAAGUACAAUUUAUUUAUAAAUAUACAUAGUGCAACUGUUAUUUAUUAUGAAGACUAUAUUUUGAGGUUACAAUUCUCUAUUGAGAAGCACAUGGAAUCAGUAACGAAAUAAUACAAUCCUGAAAAAUGA